UGAUGACCUUGGAAACUUAUCAAGACUGUCAAGUGAUAAUAUUUGGAUUGAUUUAGAAGAAGCCUCUUUAGCGACCACUUCAUUAUCCACUAUUGAUAGUGGUUAUGCAAUAUUUUACGCUUAUACUUCUCCAGAAGAAUAUAAUGCCAACACUUCAUUUACGCGCCUUGCACUGAAGGUCACCUUCAUAUCCUAUUAUCAAACAAUUUCAAAUAAGCAGGCUUUUAUUCUCUAUCAAGUGUAUCAUCGAAAUAUUCAGAUUUCAAAUUUAAAAGUUGAUUGUGUUACAGUGUUCUAUGGAAUUGGCCAAAUUUGCACAGUUUUCGUGGACAGCAAUACCACAUCGUACUAUGUAGAUAUUAAUUUUUUGUCAUCAGGAGCAGUAUUAUCAUCAACUUUUAUACCUCCCCGUAAAAUAAUUGAUUUGCCUCAACAUUCUUUUAGAAGGGUGCAAAUGUCAUUCGGCGGUUAUAUAUUUGACAUUGACUUUUAUAACUUUACUAGUAAUACUAAUUAUCAUUAUAUCGAUGUUUAUGGUGAUAAAUAUUUGGGGCAACUGGGUCCUUUUAUUACCGAUGAAUUUGAUGUUAGUGCUAUUAUGGAUAAUAAUAAUACUUUAGUGCUUCCUUCAUCUUAUACAAAUAGUCAAAAUACUUCCUGGUCUUUGUUAACUGUUUCGUUACCUCAAGUCCUGAAGGAUCUUGACAAUGGUUAUAAAAAUCUCUUAAUUAACGAAAUUACCCCACCUAUUAAUGCUAGUGUCAAUUCAUUAACGAACGCCUUAAGAAUCACUUUCUUUGAUCCUAUUGUUUUGUCAACUGGCAAUCUCACUAUCUACAAAACCUCUGAUAACAGCAUUAGGCAACAAGUUUCAGGAAUGAUGGAGGAAUUCUGUACAAUUGAUUGGGAUGAGAAAACCAUUAUUAUAAAAGUCAUUAGUAGCACAUUCAAUGAGUAUGGUGAAUUGUAUUCUGUGAUAAUGGAUAACAAUUUUGUCAAAAGUAAAAAUUAUAAUGAACCUCUAAAAGGACUUGAAGGAGGGAUUCUUAAGUAUAAUUCAACAUAUAGAGCACCCCCCUCAGAUAGUGAUGUCUAUUCGGCCCGUCUCACUAUGGAAGCGACAGUAAAAGUUUCAGCUCUCUCUAAGGAUGAUCAAAAGAUAUACUUUAACUCUUUACUAGAUGACAUUUCUAUAAAAUUGCCAGUCAGACGUGGACGUCUAAAUAUAUUUGGAAACCUUCGACUUAUUUAUGAUUCUAUUUCGAAGUUAGAAAAUAUUGAAUUUAAUAUCUUAAUCGUAAAUUUACCAAAUUCAGCACAACAUGAAAACACUGUUCUAGGAGUGGUGUCAGAUUUAGAUACUAUGAUUACAUAUAAGAUAGCUACUGAAUUCUCCAUUGGUUUGACAAAUGACUUAGACUCGACUUUUGGCCUUCAGCCAAGUGGUGAGUUAAUAAUCUUUUUUAAAGGUGCUGUCAAAGUUGAAAUUCAUGACUAA